UGUUUCAGGUGGUGAUCUAUUCUUUGGGCUUUGGUGCCGGACUUCUCUGAAUUGGGAUUCCGGCUGUGCCACUUCCUAACUGAAUAGCUUGAGACGAUUUCCUUAGCUUUUCUGAAUCUCAGUUUCCCUACCGGGGAACAGUAAAGCCUCUCUUGCGAAAUUUGCGUGAGGAACAAAAGAAAGAUUCAAGGCAAGUCCUUUGCUUUGGUAAGUAACUAAUCGCAGCUCCCUAACUUCCGCGCCUUCUUGGGCGCGAAGGAGGCCCAAGGAGAAGCCGGUUGAGAGCGUCUGAGGGCGGGGAGGAUCCGCAGUCACCAUGGCAACCGGAGACGCCUGGCGUUUCCCGGACGCCUGCAGUGGAACCGAGAGGAACAACCGCGAAGACCCCGGCGUUAUGAGUGGGGAGGAAGCGAUGGGGGUGACUUCCGUGACGGCUCCAGAGAAGGGCCGCGACGGGGAGCAGCUGGCCGGGCCGGGGCGCUGGGCACGCGGGGAGCACGGCGUCGAUGGGCUACAGGAGUCCCGCAAACAGUGUGAGUUCCCCUCCAGCCGCGGAUCGAGGUGCGGUGUGGAGAACCGGGGUGAAAACGCAACGCGGGGAGAACCUGGGAAGAAAUUUUUAUAUUGUGAACCACAUAAGAGGAUUAAGGAAGUACUGGAAGAAGAACUUUAUAUUAAGAGAGAUGAAUGCCACAUUAAAAACUCACCUGCAGUGGCCCUGGAAGGGAUUUGGAGCAUUAAAAGGAACCUCCCAGUGGGAGGCUUGAAACCAGGACAGCCGAGCAGAAACUCUUCAUUGCCACAAGCCAAGUACUAUUCGAGGCAUGGAGGGCUGAGAAGAUAAGAAGAAUACAUUUUUUUCUAUUGAGAAGAAACCUCCUUCUCCUGAUGUCUAAAAAACAGAGAAGAAACCCAAGCUUGUUUCACAGUUUAAGAUGUGUUUUAAAAAUGUAUAUUAAUCUAUAGUUUCUAUUAUUGGUGUAACUUCUUAUCUAUAAAUUAAUCCAAAGUAAUGACAGACUAUUGGUGACGUUUGCUAAGAACCUGAAAACAAUGAAGGAAAAUAUUAAACUUAUUUUUAGUUGUCACAUUUGGAAUACAUUGGGCUUCUAAUUCAGAUUAUUUUAUUAAAUAUGUAAAACAUGAUCAAACAAAGGCAUGUUUAUUGAGUCUUUACUUCAAAGUAAACUUUAUAAACCUUAACCUUUUACUAGGGUAUCAUGUUCAUCUAUUAAAAACAAAAUAUGCCUGAUCACGGCACUGUACACCUGAAGCUGAAGAAUAAUGAAUGCCAACUAUAAUAUUAUAUAUAUAUGUAUAUAUAAGU